UUUCUAACAAAUAAUAUUGAAGACCAAAGAUGAAAUUGGUUCCAGUACUAAAACCCUUUUUAGUUGUUGUAAUCACUUUUGGUUUCACCAUUGUCUUUGUGCUACACUUUGAGCCAACAAAUCCAAAAAAAUCUGACCCCAUGGCUAGAAGUUUUGUUCUUUGGCUACAUGGUUUGGGUGAUUCUGGCCCUGCAAAUGAACCAAUUAAGACAUUAUUCACUUCCCCUCAAUUCAAGAACACAAAAUGGUCUUUCCCUUCUGCUCCUUCCACCCCAGUUACCUGCAACUAUGGAGCGGUCAUGCCGUCAUGGCUUGACAUUCAUGAAAUACCAGUUACAGCUAGCUCUCCAAAAGAUGAGAGUGGUUUGCUCAAAGCGGUUAAGAAUGUUCAUGCAAUGAUCGAUAAAGAGAUCGAUGCUGGCACUAGUCCUAAUAAUGUUUUCGUAUGUGGAUUUAGUCAAGGAGGGGCCUUGACGUUAGCAAGUGUUCUUCUGUACCCAAAAACUCUAGGAGGAGGUGCCGUGUUUAGCGGAUGGGUCCCCUUUAAUUCUUCUAUAUUAGAGCAACAAACUCCUGAAGCUAAAAAGACCCCUAUUUUGUGGUCUCAUGGUAUGGCUGAUAGGACGGUAUUGUUUGAAGCCGGACAAGCAGGGCCGCCUUUCCUGGAGCGAGCUGGUAUGACUUGCGAAUUCAAGGCUUACCCUGGUCUUGCUCAUUCGAUAAACGAUGAGGAGUUGAAGAACUUGGAAUCGUGGAUCAAGACUCGUCUUCAAAGCAAUUCUUAAAGGUCCAAGUGAUAUUUGACUUGCAGUUCAUACGAUCAAAAUCCCGAGUUCGGAAAAAAAAAAACUGAUCAUUUGUUGUUUUGUUUGUGGGAUGAGCUUUGCCUGAUAUUACGAAAUUUGUGGUUACUUGCUUGUACUGGUUUAGAGUUAAUUGCUUUAUAUUCUACUGUAUUGCUCGACUCAUUUAACAACUGUAGUAGUGAAACAUUGGCCAAAUAGUUGAAACGCUGUGAAGUUUUAAAAAGAUAUUUUUGGAUUUA